AUGCCUAUGGUGGAGGUCGUUGAGGGAAUGGGGAUUGCUUCACCGCACCAGCAGCGACCAGCACAACUUCCACCUACGCCUAUUCGUAUCGGAGGCAGAGGCCAUGUUCUAGCUAAAUUAUGGCUCGCAAAUGCUGCUAUGGAUUUGGAGAAUGUACUGGAUACGGGCGUUGAGCCGUUUCAUCCCGCUUCUAAGUGCAAACAAAGUCACAUCAACAGCAUACUAGAGCCGACGCGUGAUAGUGAACGUUUGAAAAGAAAUCAUACCGGUUUUCAACCCCGGGUUGAUGGCGGCUAUCAUGUCGUGGUCAUUGGCCUUGGGCUAAUCGUGCCCCAUCCUGUCUCAGCUACAGCCUACUCCAAGAACAUUCGACCUCAAAAAACGCACGUAUUCAGAGUCAACUUGCGUAUUCAAAUGAGACGCAGUAGUAUGCUCAUGAGUCGUAGCCAUGGACCCAUUAUCAGCGCUGUCUUUGGCUGCUCUGGCCAGCUCAAAUGGGACGAGGAGAUCGAAGUUAUUACGAAAGAUCUCCAAUGUCUCAUUAGCAAAUUACAAGAGUCGUUUCCAAGCCUCAAUCGAAGUGGCUCUGUGACCAAAGAGCAAUUUGAGGAAAGAAAGUCACUCGAAUCUAUUUGCAAGCGAGCAUCUGCCAUUGCUGAAGAGAUCAUACAGAAGCUCGAUGGACUGGUUGUUCCAGAGGCUGCGAGACUCGACAAAAUGAGGCGCAAAGUGAUCAAGACACUACAACAGCUGAUUAAAGCCAGUUGGCAGACUAGCGAAAUCAAAGACUUAAUGUCGAGAUUAGAAGAACUGCGGAAAGCUAUUAAUACCAAUAUCAUAUAUUUCACGAAGCAGUCUGUCGACGCUCAUAGUAUUCAAAUGUCCAGGCGGUUUGACGAGCUUGACAGUAAUACUCAGGGGAUCCUCACAUCUCUACUAAACAGCCAGCGCGAGACCAAUCAGGGAACGGUGACAGCUAUUGCCCAGAUGAUGAGCCGCCUGGAAUCGCUGAACUUGGAAGAACACCGUCAAACAGAUAAUAUCCUAGUCGAGAAAAGCAACAUACCCAUUUUGAUUGAGGUAAGAGCAGGCGAACAGAUGUUAGCCGUAUCUUCGGAGGAGGAGGAAAGACUAAGACACGAGGUUAACCUCGCGAUCGUAGAGGCAUUACAAUAUCCAACCAUGACCAACCGAUAUGAGGACAUCGGAGAAGCUUUCCCGCAAACCUGA